UGCACCACUACUCUUCCUACUUCCUACAACUACAACACAGUUUAUGUGAUCAUGGGAAUUCGAAAACCAGCUUGGUUAGAAGCUCUCUACGCGCAAAAAUUCUUCACGGCAUGCGCAAUUCACGAGAACUCAAAGAAGAACGAGAAGAACAUAUGUUGUUUGGAUUGUUGCACUAGCAUCUGCCCUCACUGUGUGCAUAUUCAUCGCUUCCAUAGACUCCUUCAAGUUCGACGCUAUGUAUACCAUGACGUAGUACGGCUGGAAGAUCUAGAACGCCUAAUCGACUGCUCAAAUGUUCAAGCUUAUACCAUUAAUAGUGCCAAAGUGGUGUUCAUCAAGAAGAGACCUCAGAAUCGGCAGUUUAAGGGAUCGGGAAACUACUGCACUUCUUGCGAUAGAAGUCUCCAAGAACCCUUUAUCCAUUGCUCGUUAGGGUGUAAGGUGGAUUUUGUGCUGAAGCAUUAUAGAGAUCUCACACCAUUCCUAAGGGUAUGCAACUCAUUACAACUUGGUCCAGAUUUCUUCAUCCCUAAUGACACAGGAGACGAUGAGAUGACAAACGAGACGCCUCACUCAACCAUCGUGGACGUGGACGACCCGAUGAGCUCAGGGUCGGGUUCGUCGGGUUCGGAGAACAUGAGCAUGAUGUGCACCGGGUUCGUUAGAAAGAAAAGGAGUGGACUUUAUAGUUGUGAAAGUUUUUCAAAUAAGGUUCAUUCUGAAGAAGACAUGGCCACAAGCAUGAGUAGAAGAAAGGGAAUUCCUCAAAGAUCACCAAUGUGUUAA